CAAAAACCCCUUUCAACAGUAUAAAUACGCAUCAUUACUUCAUAGAUUCUCAACACUCUCAUUCUCCACAAUUUCAUUCUCUAGAAUCAACGUAAUUUACCAUGGCACACGCCGAUCCCUUUUCAACGUCGACAAUGCUCAAUGCUUCACACCAUCUCCGUUUUGCCGCCGCAAGAGAACCCAUCUCAGAAGGGUAUCCGGCGGUUGCUCCUCCUCAUCCACGUGGCUUCUCCGUCAAGUUUCCUCCUCCGGGAUUCACCCCAUCUCCGUCACCUUUAACUAACUCAUUCUUCACCGCCUUAACUCCAAAAAUGGAUGUUCUACAGAUGAUCUUAAAGUUAGACCAAAGAGAGCUUCAAACGAUGGCGUCAUUGCUGACAUCAGAUUCCGAUUACUUCUUGAUGAUCGCAAGAAACAAGAACGGCUCCAAACAACAGAAACUUCUGGGGAUAACAGAUGACGUGGACACUUUAUUCGCCGCCACUAUCUUGCGCCGCUUCCUCCACAUCAUCACCGACAAGUACGCAUCGUACGUGGCGAGACGGGGGAUAGCAGUUUUCAAUAAGAAGAAGAAAGAAGCAAUUUACGAGCGCAUUCUCCAUUACGCGCUAUACAUAGCGCGUGACAAACACGGUUGCCUCGCGCUCAACGACAUCAUAACCGACGCGGACGAUCUUUACUACAAAAACAAGCUCUUUGACGUAAUCGCGCACAAAGCUAUUUUACUAAGCAACGAUGCUUAUGGGAACUUUGUGAUACAACAGGUGCUUAAACUGAAUGACUUGCGUUGCAAGAACAACAUCGUCGCUAGUCUACGUGGCCACUUUGUUGAUCUCUCGAUUCAGAGAUAUGGAAGCUACAUUGUGAACCUGCUUUUGGAGACGGAGGAGUCAAUGGUUGUGGUGGUGGAGGAGCUUUUGGAAGGAGAUAUGUUGAUGAGGUUGACGAGGAAUGUGUAUGGGAAUUUCGUGGUGUGCAAGGCACUGAGAGUCACGCAGAAGGAGAUGGUUAGGACUGAUCUGUAUUGGGGUUUGGUGCAUAAGCUCAAGCCUUUUCACAAUCCCUUGCGUAGGUCUCGUGGAAGCAAUUCUUGGACUCAAUUCGUUAGUGUUGGAAUAUUGAGAGAAAGAAGAAACAGAGUGCAAGAGACAUUUGUCUCUUCUCUUGUAAAGAAGACAAGAACGAAAAUAACUCUUUUGAUUAAACUGAAACUUGUUGUUUUUUUUACAUGACGAUACAAUGAGUUUAAAUAGAAAACAACUAGACACAACACAUGAAGAGUUGUGUCUCUUCGUACUUGUGACUUUUGAGUGAAACAACACAAACUUAUAACCGUUAACUGAAAACUCAAUUAUCAA